AACCCAUCGAAAUUUGGACACCUGUACAUACAAUACAUCUUCAUUUAUAAACUACUUUUUGGCGAAAAAAAUUAAAAUAUUCCAAAUAUUCUCUUAAAAUUGUUUUUACUGACAAUGAAGAACUUGCUAUGAUAAAACAAAAACGCGCUUCUAUCAUAAAAAGUCGAUAAAGAACGAUGUGUAGAAACCAAACAUAUAAUUGCCAUUAAUAGUAAUUACUGUUUUAGACGUUUCCUGAACUUUUUGUUAAUCCAUUUUUAAUCAAAAAUUAUGAAUUGUAAUGAACUUACUGGUUUGUUAUAAGUUUAUUUUGAAUGCAGAAAAAACCCUAGUGAUCAUGGCAAGCUACUCAGUAAAAACAAAGUUCAUUGUUUUUUGGUUGCAAGAAGUAGUAUUAAUGAACGUGAGUACAUUACACUGUGCAACAAGAAAAACCAUCCCGGUUGGUUCCAAUGGUAAAUGAAAGUAGACCAACUAACUAACAAAACCCUCGCGGAGUUUUACUAUAUUAGCUCGGGUUUUUUUUUAUGACCACCUAAAGUUGGCAUGUAUUUACGGCAGUUUUUGGCCGUAUUUCUUUAAAAUUAAAUAAUAAUAAAUGAAAUAAUUUAAGUUAUUUUUAUUAUUUUUAUAUACUCUGUUUAUUUCUUUAAAACAUUUUAUGAAAAAUGACUUAAAACGGACAGUAGACUACAGGACGUACAGGUAUACGUCCAGGGAGUCCAUUCAUCACCCUUCGCUACAACAAAGAAGCAAGAAAGUCUUACAGGUAAAAAGACGAACAAGUACACGUACAGGGGGUCCAUUCGUCACCUUUUUCUAUAAGAAUGAUACAAGAAAGUCGUCCAGGUAAAAAGAUGAAUAAGUAGAAGGGUAGAAGUUAGAUGUUCAGGCGGGUUAGUACAUAAGUCCGUAGCUUUUUGUUCGAGAAUAUUUCUCAAACAGUGAGCAUCUGGCAGAGCAUCGUUUAUUUGUGACUUAGUGAUUUGUUUGGUGUGUGUUUACUUGCGACUUGUGUUUGUUUGGUGAAUUGUUUGUUGUGUUUACGAUGGGAAAAUCAGUAUUUGUGGCGCUAAAAUGGUCUGCAAUAUAAACAAUUUCUGUUACGUUUGUGGCCAUUUCACCCCACAACAGAUAAAGCAUGGCUCUUUCAGUGAAGAAUUUAAGUUCGCAUAUGAGAAAUACUUGAACCAACCAGUUAUUGCCAACGUGACUUGGGUUCCCUAUGUGGUUUGCAAGAAAUGUUACAGUGACCUCUUGACUUGGAUGCAUAGAAGAAUAAAAAGUUUGUCGUUCGGCGUGCCAAUGGUCUGGACGGAUCCGAUUAAAUCACGACCCAUCUGUUUGUUACGCGUGUGUGAAUUCUGGUAGUGGAAUGAACAGAAAGAAAAUGAGGAGUAAAGUGUAUUUGAGUGUCCCAAGUGCUCAAAUACCAUUGCCACACACAGAAAACAUUCCAGUGCCAAAACCACCGAGCCCGGACGUGUUAUCGGGUAUUACUUUUUCAACCCACUUGAGUGAUACUUUUUCAUUGUAUGAACCAGUAGCAACUGUAUCAACUGGGCCAAUUUUGGUUACUCAAAAUCAGCUGGACUCCAUCGUUGCGAAGUUAGGACUAUCGCAACGUAAGUCGGAACAGUUAGCUAAAUUUCUAAAUUCGAACAACCUGUUGGCACCUGAGACAAAAGUCACAGCAUAUAGGCAUCGACAAUCCGCACUGCAAAAAUGUUUCACUGUGAAUGAGGAGCAAACAUCUGCAUACUGCAAGGAUGUCGACGGUCUCAUGAGAGAAAUGGACAUCCUAUACAGACCAAAUGAGUGGAGACUGUUUAUUGACAGCUCCAAAAUAAGUUUGAAAGCGGUGUUGCUCCAUCAAACAAACACGAAACCAUCGGUACCAAUCGCCUACAGCAUUGAAACGAAAGAAACCUACGAUGCAUUAAAAAGAAUACUGCAAAAUGUUGAUUAUGACAAACAUCAAUGGCGGAUAUGCUGUGACUUGAAGGUUGUUGCAAUUCUUCGCGGAUUGCAAACCGGAUACAUUAAAUAUAUGUGUUUUAUCUGCGAUUGGGACUCCAGAUAUAAAGGCGACCAAUAUACAAACCACACAUGGCAGAGCAGAGAAUCGAGCAAACACGUAAAUGCCAAUGUAAUUCAAGAUCCUUUGGUGCCACAAGACAAAGUUAUAUUACCUCCACUUCACGUGAAACUUGGAAUAGUCAAAAGUUUCCUGAAAACUGUGGCUAAGAGGCAAGAAGUUUAUGCGGUUUUGGCACAAAUUUUCCCUCGACUUAGCGAAAGCAAAUUGAAAGAAGGCGUUGUGAAUGGCCCAGACAUUCGAAAACUGGUGAAAACUGAAGAAUUCGACAAUGUUUUAAUUGACAACGAAUUGACUGCUUGGCGUUCCAUAAAAGAGGUCAUUGAGGGCUUAUUAGGGAAACAUCGGUCUGAACACUAUCAACGUUCUGUGCAUACAAUGUUGGAUGCGUUCUCCAAAAUUGGUGUUAAUAUGUCGCUGAAAAUUCACUAUUUGCAUCAUCAUCUAGAUUACUUCGGUCGACAGUUAGCCACCGAGUCAGAUGAACAAGGAGAACGUUACCACCAAGUAGCCGUGCCAUUUGAAAUGAGGUAAUGUGAUUAAUUUUUUGUUGCAUAG